UAAACCCUAGUCUAACCCACCGCUCUUACAAACACUAACAAAACUCGACCGUUUGUUUCUCUCUCUCUCCCCCUUUGUAAUAAUGGAGAUUGUCUAGCAAUUUCAAAGCCCAGAAGAAAAUCUCUGUAUAUCAAGAGCAGGGAGACACAUAAGUGAUUUUCAAUGGGUUGUUUUCUUGGUUGUUUCGGUUCUUCAAAGGAUCGAAAACGAAGAAAGCAGAGGUACAAGGUUAUCCCCCGAGAUCAAUACCCUAGAAUUCAGAACCUUGUGCAACCUGACGUGUCUUUGGUACAAAGCAUCAAAGACAAACCCUCUAAUUCACUUUCAGAAGCAAGUGGAAAGAAUGAGGAGUCAUUGAGUAUAAGCACAAGGAAAAAGGUGACAUUUGAUACAAAUGUCACCACCUAUGAACAUGUUCAAGUCUAUGAUAGUACAGAAUCUUUACUUGAAAGGAACGAAAAGGGCGAAACGUUUCCCAAGUCAGCUGAAACCCAUUCCGAUUCCGGUUCUCAAGACGGUUCUGACAUUGUCAAUGCUGUAUCCUACCCACCAAAUUACAGGUAUGGAAACUGCCUUGAAAGUGAUGAUGAAGUUGAAGAUUCAGAUGAAGACGAUGAAGACGAUGAAGAAGAAGACGAAAUUAUUUGUCAAGAAGUGUGGUGCGAGUCGAUUCCGGUUCCAUCAGCAGAAUCAAGAGCGGAAUCAUCUUCAUUGGACAAAGUCGGAUCCAACAGUAACGCACGUGACAGAAGUGCUUACGUGAUUCCGGUGUUGAACCCCGUAGAGAAUCUUUCCCAAUGGAAAGCAUUGAAAAUGAAAGAAACUCCUCCACCAACAAAGGCAUUAAACUUCCACCGACAAAAGGAGAAUUCUUCUUUGAAUUCCGCCCCACCUGCAGUCGAUUCCAGCCUUUCGAAUUGGUUGGUUAACACGCCAAAUAACAAGGGAAUCGGAAGCUAUAACUCCGGAAUUGAAGCGAUUUCCUCUGGAAAAAAUUCGAGCAUUGAAGAUAGACCGAUUUUGGGUGCUUUGACAGUAGAGGAGCUCAAACAGUUUUCAGCAUCAUCUUGUACACCAACACCAAAGAAAUCACCAAGUAGAAGCCCUGAUGAUAUGCCUAUAAUUGGUAGUGUUGGAAGCUAUUGGAGCUCAACUCCAUCAUAUAAAGGCAUACCAAAUAGCAACAGCAAGUAUAGAGAGGAUAAGAAAGUGAAUUGGCACAAUACCCCAUUUGAAACAAGAUUGGAGAGAGCUUUAAAUGGAGGUGUUGCAGAAGCUUAGAAGAAGUCUGUUUUGUUUGGUCUACUGCAAAUCUGAAUCUGCACUUCCAUUUGUGUGUGUGAGAGUCAGAGAUUUGGUUUGGAUUGUUGUGAUUUUUGCACAGUUGGUUUGUUGUAAUUCUUUUAUUGGUUUUUGGUGGUUAUAAAUACAAAGAUUGGGGUUAUCUUUUA